AUGCUUCAAUGGGCCAACAAUUGUAUUGAAAAUCACCCUAAAUGUAACCCCACGAUCGAGGAAGCUCCAUGGUAUCCUACGCGAUUAAUCGACGUACAGUAUCUCAUCAAUCCUGACCCAGUAGCGCAAUUAGCAGCUCUGAUGUUCAACAUGUCAACUGGUCAUUUUCCUGCAAAUUGCAGAUUAAUAGAGACGAAAGAUACGCCACUCGAGGAUCCCUCAUAUCUCACACUCAGUCAUUGCUGGCCCGCCCAAGGAGGUAUCAGUGCGCGACUCGAGAAAUCCAAUAUCGAACAAAUGAAAAAUUUCAUCUCCGACGAUAUCCUACCUCCCCGAUUCCAAGAAGCGAUUCUAGUUGCCCGUCGUCUCAACGUCCGUUAUAUCUGGAUCGACUCCCUUUGCAUCAUCCAAGAUUGCCCCGAAGACUGGAAUCACGAAGCCCAAACAAUGGGUGACGUAUAUGCGCAUUCUCUCCUCAACAUCUGCGGUACCGCCGCCCUCGACACAUUAAUCCCCGCGCGAAAUCCAGAGCUCAUCAAACCCUGUAUCGUGAAGUCUACCUGGGACAAUGUCCCCAAUCACGAAUUCGUCAUCACCGAUUUCCAGUUCUGGAAAGAUAGGAUCCAUAGUUCUCCGUGCAAUAAACGGGCGUGGAUCACGCAGGAAAGAUGGCUCAGUCCGCGAAUCCUGCAUUUUGCUUUCGAUCAGAUGGUUUGGGAAUGCAGGACACAUGAAGCUGCGGAGGCGUUUCCGCUGGGAUUGCCGAAACAGGUGAGGCUGAAUAAACACACGGGGUUUAAACUUCCUGGGAAUGCUCGAGUCUUUGGACGUCAGAGUGAUGAGAAAGAAGAAGGAAAUACAUAUAUACAAGAUUGGUACCGAGUGCUCGAAACCUAUGGACGCUCCGAAGUAACCUUCGAGAAAGACCGCCUCGUAGCCAUCGCAGGCGUAGCCCAAAAAUUCUCCCUCCUCCUCCACGACACCUUCCUCGCGGGUCUCUGGCGAAGCCAUCUACCAGGCACUCUCCUCUGGAGCGUGCACAAAGGCCUCCGCUCCAACCAUCCCUUCCCGGUGCCCAGCCUCGCAGCCCGCGACCUCGUCGGCACAAAUCCCACCUACCACAUCACGGAAUCCAAUCGGCUCGCCUCCUACGAAGCUCCUUCCUGGUCCUGGGCUUCCGUAUCCGGGGACAUCGAGCCUGGAUUUCCUAUUGCUCUCGCAGGCAAAGAUUCUAUGAUCGAGCUGCUCACCGCGCAAAUAAAUCCGCUCAAUCCCACUCUCCCCUUCGGAAGAAUCCACUCCGCGCAUCUAAUUUUGCGCGGAAUUCUCUAUCCCCUCUCUAUGGAUCCUCCCGAUUGGCCUGCCAAUCUCCCGUCUUGGAAUCGCGAUGAGCCAACCAUUUAUAUCUCCGGCCAACCGAAAAAGAAAGUUGAGAUACUGGAGGGGAGUUUUGUAGAGAAGUACAGUCAUGUGGUACAUGUACGGGUCGAUCAACCAGAGGAGUAUAGCGAUAUUGGACGUGCGUGUUUUUUGCCGGUUGCGAAAGCGACGUUUGAGAGAGAGGGACAUGAGAUGGAUGGGUUGAAGUUGGUGUAUGGAUUGUGUGUUUUGAGUACGGGGAAGCGGGGGGAGUAUAGGAGAUUGGGAAGGGUGGAUUUUAGUGGAGAGCAGUGCGAUUUGUUUGAGAGGGAACUUGAGAGAUUGGAAGGAAGAGAGGAUGGAGGGACCGAAUUCGAGCUGGGUGGGAAGGACUUGUACUUGCCGGAAGAGAUUGGCACUUUUAAGCUUAUAUAG